AUGGCCCUGCGGCGCUCAGCCCGCAACGCAGACAAAGCCACCGCGGCCGAGAGUCCAGCACUAGACGUCCCACCGGCAGCGAAGAGCGUGAAGCGCGCGGCAGCCACGAAAAAAGAAGCAACGGCGCCUCCUGCGCCGCCCCCGAAGCGCGAGAAAAAGCAAUCCGCCGCGGGCCAGAAACGCAAAGCGCGCGACGACACAGCGUCUCUGUUGCUCGCCGCCGAGCCGCCUGUUGGUCUGGCCAGCGCCGCGAAUCCUCUCGCUGCCGCGAUCGCGCCCCCAGAGAUCCUCCUGCCCGGUCCCAACGCCGCGCUCGAUGCGCCGCGCUCCAAGCGCGGCAAAUCCGCUGGCACUAAGGCGCCUCGUCGCGCUGCGAAGACCGCUGUGGAGGAUGCCGACCUUGUCCCUGGCGACGCCCCGCUGCCCCGACGCCCCGUGGCUGCAGCACCACCCUCCGCGACAGCCCCCGCGGCCCCCCUCUCCGCAGCCGCGAGUCCGCGGAAGCGCGUCUUGCCGCUGCCGGACGUCGGAUCGCCGCGAAAAGCGGCGGGGGAGGGCGACUCGCUGCUACGCGAGGCCGAGGCGCACUUGGUGCGCGUAGACGGGCAGGGAAAGCUGGGGCGGCUGAUUGGCGGGGCGCGGUGCGAGAUGUUUGGCGCGGCGGGGUUGGCGGAGGUGGUGGAUCCGUUUACGGCGCUGGCGAGUGGGAUUAUUGGACAGCAGGUCUCUGGCGCGGCGGCGUCGUCUAUCCGCAAGAAGUUCACGGCCCUCUUCGAGGAUACACAUCCUGAAUUCCCCUCGCCCGCACAGGUCCUCACUAAAGACCUGCCCACGCUGCGCACUGCAGGUCUCUCGCAGCGCAAAGCAGAGUACAUCAGCGGCUUGGCUGAGAAAUUCGCAUCCGGCGAAUUCACCGCGGACGGCCUGAAGAGCGCCAGCGACGAGGAGCUGAUCACCCAGCUUGUCGCGGUCAGGGGGCUGGGUCGAUGGAGCGUGGAGAUGUUUGCAUGCUUCGGGCUGAAAAGGAUGGACGUAUUCAGCACCGGGGACCUGGGCGUGCAGCGAGGCAUGGCUGCAUACAUGGGGCGCGACGUCUCCAAGCUGAAGAACAAGGGCGGCAAGUGGAAAUACAUGUCUGAGCAAGAGAUGCUGUCCAUAGCGAGCCAGUUCGCGCCAUACAGGUCCUUGUUCAUGUGGUAUAUGUGGCGAAUCGCAGAUGUGGAGACUGAGGUGCUGGAGUAG